AUGACAUGGAAGCCCACCACCGAAUGGGAAGGAAAGCUGAAAGAUAUCACAUGGUCCUUUGGCAACGAGGAUGUCCGCUUUCGACACGAGCAGUGGCGAAAAGUCUUUGAGGAACAGCUUAAAAGCACGCCAUUCAGCAUUCAAGCAGCAGAGCCCCUAUUCUCACUGCCACUCGGGGAAGAAUCUGUGGAAUUCACUCAAUGGCUAAGUUCAGACGCUAUUUGGGAUAGGUACCAUACUCUGAGCCAAUUCGCUGUACUAGAGGGACAAGAGCUAGCGGACACGAAGAGGAGGGUCCUUGAGGCAACGGGAGCGGCAGACGUUGGGAAGAAUGAAAAUGGGGAGUUGGAAUUGCAUGGGCGUACAUACUUCGCUUGGAGUACUGCGGUACCUGGAGCGCCUUUGAAAAGUGGUGGAUAG